CGCCACGCCCGAGGAGCGCAUGGGCGUCGUCACGGCGCCCGACGACCCUCGCGAGGCGGACGCCGUCAUCCGGUUCAAGAUCGUCGCCGGCGACCGCGACAAGUUCUUCAAAGCGGAGGAGAAGCUGGUCGGCGACUUCUGCUUCCUGCUGCUGCGCACGCGCACCGACAAACUGGACGUGCUCAACCGCGAGCGCAAGGACCGCUACGUGCUGGACGUGCGCGCCACCAAGUCCUGGCGAGGCAACUCGAGCGCCACGCCCCUCAUCGCCGACACGCGCGUCGCCGUCACCGUACUCGACACCAACGACCUCAACCCGCUCUUCUACCCCACCGAGUACGAGGUGACCGUCCCGGAAGACACGCCCUUGCACCGCAGCAUCGCCCAAGUCUCCGCCGAGGACGCAGAUCUCGGCAGGAACGGCGAAAUCUACUACAGCUUCCUGGACGCCACGGACCAGUUCUCGGUGCACCCGAUGACAGGCGUGGUGUCGCUGACGCGGCCACUGAGGUACACGGCCAAAUCCGUGCACGAGCUUACGGUGAAAGCGCAGGAUCGCAGUUCAAUCCUCAAGCACGGUCCCCAGGCGAAGGCCAGCACGGCUACCCUCAAGGUCAGAGUCCAGCAGGUGAACCUGUUCGCUCCCGAAAUCUACGUGCGGCACCUGCCCGACAUCGCGGAACAUUCCAACGCCGACAUAUACGCCAUAGUGCGCGUCACAGACCGUGACAAGGGGAUGCACGGCGAGAUCAAGAGCCUCGAUAUCGUCGACGGCGAUCCGGACGGCCACUUUCGCAUAAAGCCUGCUGGGAAGCCUGGAGAGUACAAUAUCGUCGUAGUUCACCUCCUCGACCGCGAGACGGCGCCUCAGGGCUACAACCUCACGCUGAAGGCGACGGAUAUGGGCAUUCCGCCGAAGGAGACGUACAAAUCCGUGCCUGUCCACCUGACCGACCUCAACGACAAUGCUCCCGUGUUCGAUCGCGAGAUCUACGAAGUCGAAGUGCCGGAAACGGCGCCGGUCAACACGCCAGUCAUCCGCCUAAAGGUCACCGACGCCGACGAAGGCAAAAACGCACAAGUUUUCUUAGAGAUAGUAGGAGGGAAUGAAGGCGGAGAGUUUCGCAUCAACCCCGACACUGGCAUGCUCUACACGGCGGUGCAACUGGAUGCGGAGGAAAAGGCCAUGUACACGCUGACGGUGUCGGCGAUAGACCAAGGGAACGCGGGCACCAGAAAACAGUCUUCCGCCAAAGUGAAAGUGACGGUGGCGGACACCAACGACAACGAUCCACUGUUCGAAACGCCGGAAGCGACAGUGUGGGUGGACGAGAACGAGCCGGCGGGAACUACCGUCACCAAAGUGUCUGCCAAGGACCGCGACUCCGGCGAAAACGCCUACAUUUCCUACAGCAUCGCCAACCUGAAACCAGUGCCUUUCGAGAUAGACCACUUCUCGGGAGUCGUGAAGACGACUAUGGUGCUGGAUUACGAGUCUAUGAGGAGGGAGUACAUUCUCAGGAUACGUGCUUCCGACUGGGGUCUUCCGUACCGCCGACAGACAGAAAUGCAGUUGAAGAUUAACGUGAGGGAUAUCAAUGACAACAGACCGCAGUUCGAGAAGGUUGACUGCUCGGGCCACGUGCCGCGCUACGUUCCGAUCGGUACGGAGAUCAUCACGCUCUCCGCUAUAGAUUUUGACGCCGGAAGUAUAAUCAGCUACCGUCUGGUCGGCGGCAACGCGGACAGCUGCUUCGGUUUGGACGCGACCUCGGGAGUGCUGAGCGUCACCUGCGACCUGACAGAUGUCAAAGUGUCCGAGCGGGAGGUGAACAUCACCGCGACGGACGGCACCCACUUCUCGGAUAUCGUCCACGUGCUGAUCAACCUGGUCAACGCCAAGAGGAGUCUGGGUUCGCCGGGCAGGAUCCUCACCGACGAGACCGGAGCGUUCGAGUGCCGCGACACUGGUGUGACUCACCGCCUGACGGAGAUCCUGGCCGCGGGCGAGCGCAACAACGCGCCCUACGACCUGCACCGGGAGGACUUCGCCAUGAUGCCCAGCCGCUACGGCGAGAACGUGCACGCGCCCGAGUUCUUGGACUUCCCGACGGGGAUCAAGGUGAACGAGUCGGUGGCGCUGGGCACGACGCUGGUGAAGCUCCGCGCCAGGGACCGCGACCUCGGCUACAACGGCAAGCUGGUGUACGGCAUCUCGGACGGCGACUACGACUCCGUGUUCCUCAUCGACCCCGAGACGGGCGAGCUGAAGGUGGUGGGCCACCUGGACCGCGAGCGCGAGGCCGAGUACCUGCUGAACAUCAGCGUGUACGACCUGGGCCGGCCGCAGAAGGCGGCGUCGCGCUUCCUGCCCGUCACCGUGCUCGACGUCAACGACAACGCGCCCAGGUUCGAGAAGGCGGUGGCCAGCUUCCGAGUGACGGAGAACGCGCUCAACGGCACGGCCAUCUUCCGCGUGAACGCGACCGACGCGGACCAGGGGGAGAACGCGCGCGUCUCGUACUCGCUGGUCACCGACACGGACGACUUCGCGGUGGACGCGCGCACCGGCGUGCUGACGGUGGCGGCAGCGCUCGACCGCGAGCGGCAGGACGUGUACGAGCUGAAGGUGCGCGCCACGGACGGCGGAGGCGGAGGCGGGGGCGGCAGCGGCGACGUGCCGCCCCUGUCCUCGGACGCCAUCGUGCGCAUCCUCAUCGACGACGUCAACGACAACGCGCCCGCCUUCGCGCUGCCCUCGUACACGGUGAAGGCGCGCGAGGACCUGCCCGUCGGAAGUGUCGUCGCCGUCGUCGGCGCCAGCGAUCCGGACGUCGGCGCCGGAGGGCAGGUGCAGUACUCGCUGGUGGGCGGCGCGGGAGACGGCGACGAGGCGUUCAGCGUGGACCGGCUGUCCGGGGCGGUGCGCACGGCGGCGCCGCUCGACUUCGAGGAGCGGCAGGUGCACACGCUGGUGGUGCGCGCUCGCGACCGCGGCGCGCCGCCGCUCUCCUCCUCCGCCACGGUCGUCGUCGAGGUGGUCGACGUCAACGAGAACGUGCACGCGCCGCAGUUCGGGGAGUUCGUGUGGGCCGCAGCCGUGCUGGAGAACCAGCCGGCCGGCACGCUGGUGACCACGGUGCGUGCGACGGACGCGGACCCGCGCGGCGACGACUCCAGGGUCUCCUACUCCAUCCGCGGCGGAGACGGCGUCGGGCUCUUCACCGUCGACGACGAAGGAAACAUCCGUACGACGGCGCCGCUGGACGUGGAGAGCAAGCCGCGCUACUGGCUCACUGUGUUCGCCCAGGACCACGGCGUGGUGCCACUGCACUCCCAACUGGAGGUGCUGGUGGAGGUGCUGAACCAGAAUGACAACACGCCGAUGACGACGGAGCCGGUGUACUACCCGCAGAUGGCCGAGGGUUCGCCUCCGGGCACGCCCGUGCUGCGGAUCACCGCAUCCGACCACGACCGGGACCCCUCGCAGAAGCUCUCGUUCCGCAUCUCCGCCGGAAACCCGGACAACCUCUUCGUCAUUGACUCGGACACAGGCGUGAUAAAGACAACAAGUCGUCGUCUAGACAGGGAGACCAUGGCGGAGCAUAUUCUGGAGGUCACAGUAAGUGACAACGGAACUCCACCACUCUCUUCUACAACUCAGGUGGUUGUAAUAGUGACAGACAUCAAUGACCAUGCUCCUGAGUUCACUGAACGUACACUGUACAAAGUGACCAUACCCGAGUCAGCUGGGAAAGACAUACCUUUGUUCCAGAAUGAAACUGAGGAGUUGGACGUAGCAGUUGAUUCGUUUCUUGAAAAUGGAACUUGGGAGACUUACGAUUCCGACAUCUAUUUGGGAGAGCCUAUGCUGAGGGUGUUGGGAUUUGAUGAAGAUGAAGGUCCAAAUGCUGACUUGCAGUACAGCAUUAAAUCUGGUCGUGGUAUAGGAAAAUUCAAGAUUCAUCCCAAAACUGGUAUUGUCUACUCAUCACGUGAUUUUCAAGCAGGCCAGGAAUAUGAUCUGAGGAUAAGAGCACAGGAUAGUGGACAGCCACCAAGAAGUCAUACAAUGCGUGUUUCUGUGCUUGUGGAGCCUGUCCCUACAGAAUCACCUAAUGCUCCACAAAUUAUAAACCCUAAUCAACAUGUGCAAGUUACUGAGAGUGACCCGGUGGGUUUCCUUGUUGCUCUAAUCCAGGCCAAGGAUGAGGAUGGAGACAUGUUAUGGUACAGCAUAGAAGAUGGAGAUGAUAUGGAUGAAUUUUUUAUUGGUCGUGAUAAAGGAAAUGUUUUACUGGCAAAGAAAUUAGAUUGGGAAAGAAAAGACACAUACAAUUUGACAAUAAGUGUGACAGAUGGUGUUCAUACAACUUUUACCCAGUUGUAUGUCAAUGUAAUUGACAUAAAUGACCAUCGGCCAGAGUUUACAGAGAAACUGUAUAGUGUUGAAAUUUCUGAAAAUGUUGAAAAAGGAACAGAAAUAUUAAGACUAAUUGCAACAGACAAAGAUGAAGAUAAAAGAGUGAUAUACAGUCUGCAUGCUGCAAGAAAUCCAGUUUCAUUAUCAGUCUUCAAAGUUGACUCUAUCACAGGAUCAGUCACUCUCAAUGAAAAACUGGACAGGGAGACUGUGGAAGAGCACGUACUCACUGUAAUGGUUCGAGAUCAGGGGACACCAUCUAAAAGGAAUUAUGCCCGAGUUAUUGUGACUGUUCAUGACCACAAUGAUCACCCGCCAGAGUUCACAAGCCAACUCAUUCAAGGAAAAGUUUUUGAAACAUCAAGUAUAGGAACUGCAGUUGUUCAGGUGUAUGCAAUUGACAGAGACAGAGGAGAAAAUGCCAAAAUAAAAUAUUCAAUUACAUCAGGAAAUAUUGGAAAUGUGUUCAGCAUUGAUCCAUCACUAGGUAUUGUACAUGUGGCGAGAGAAUUGGAUAUUGGUGUUAUGUCUGAAUAUAUGCUGGUUGUAAAAGCUACUGACCACGGAUCACCUUCUUUGUCAGCUACGAUCCCUGUUCAUAUCAUGGUGACAAUGGCAGACAAUGCCCCUCCAAGGUUUCUAAAACAAGAACAUGCUGCUGAAAUAUAUGAGAAUCAACCAGUAGGAACAUAUGUAAAGCAUCUGGAAGCUCGAAGUACUUCAUCACUAUUUUAUGAAAUUAAAAGUGGAAAUAAGGAUGAUAUGUUUUUUAUAAACCCAAGUACUGGUGUUAUAAUAACAAAAAGGCAGUUAGAUUAUGAGUUUUGUAAAUUUUAUAAUCUAACUAUUGAAGCAACAAAUAUGGCUGGUGCCAAAACCCAAUGCAGUGUCAUUGUUCAUGUUCUGGACAAGAAUGAUAAUGCACCUAGAUUUUUACAGCCAUUGUAUCAAGGUGUCAUAAGUGAAGGCACAUCAAUUGGUUCACUUGUUCUUACAAACAACACUUCUCCCCUUGUUAUCACAGCAAGGGAUGAUGAUUCUGAACUGAAUGGUCUUCUAAAUUAUGAUAUUAUUGAAGCACUGCCACGCAAAUUCUUUCAUAUAGAUUCCAGCACAGGAGCAAUACGAACUGUGUUGAAUUUGGACCACGAAACUAUACCCGAGUUUCAUUUCCAUGUUAAGGUUUCAGAUUUGGGGAAACCUCAGCUGUACUCAGAAAAUACUGCAACAGUGGAAAUAAGUGUAACAGAUGUUAAUGAUUGUCCACCACACUUCACUCAGACUGAGUACAAUGCAACACUGUUGUUGCCUACAUAUCAGAAUGUUGCAGUUGUUCAGGUUGUCGCAGCAGAUCCUGAUUCUGCAGAAAGCACACAUCUGCGAUAUGACAUAAUUGAUGGUAAUAGGGGUGAAGUGUUUGCUGUUGAUUCGGACACUGGAGUAAUAACAGUAUCAGAUGCAACACAUAUUAGACAGUUUCAUCGUUUGCACUUAAGAGUCUCUGAUGGGAAGUUUUCCAGUGUAGCACAAGUCAACAUUAAAGUCGAACAGUCAGAGAAAUCAGGCCUGAAAUUUCAAAAAGAUGUAUAUUUGGGAACUAUAAUAGAAAAUUCAACAAAAGUUAUGACUGUGGCUGUAGUAAAUGUUCUAGGAAGUGCACUGAAUGAACAUAUUGUAUUUAACAUAUUGAAUCCAACAGAUAUGUUUGAAAUUGGUUCCACUUCUGGUGCUAUUAGAACAACAGGAAAGAGAUUUGACAGAGAACUUAAGGACAAAUAUGAGUUAAUAGUUGAAGCACGCAGUGAUCAACCAGGUCAAGAACAACCAAGAGUGGCCCAUGUAAUGGUGAAUGUAACAAUUUUGGACAUAAAUGAUAACUGUCCAAUGUUCGUUAAUCUGCCAUACUAUGCAGUUGUAUCUGUUGAUGCACAAAAAGGAGACAGUAUUACAAAAGUCCAUGCAGUUGAUCUGGAUAAAGGAGAAAAUGGUGAAGUGAGGUAUGAACUAAUAAAAGGCCAUGGAGAGCUCUUCAAAGUAUGCAGAAAGAGUGGUGAAAUUACACUGAAACAGAGCUUGGAAGGGCAUAAUAGGGAAUAUGAACUUGUAAUUGCUGCCUAUGAUGGAGGUAUCACGCCAUGCUCUACAGAGAUGCCUGUUCAUAUAAAAGUUAUUGACAGAUCCAUGCCUGUUUUUGACAAACAGUUCUACACAGACAGUGUUUUAGAAAGUAUUGAAUUACAUUCUUCUCUUGCUGUUAGUAUACAGGCUGAAUCUCCACUUGGCAGGAAACUUAUUUACAGCAUUGUGAAAGGAAAUGAGUACGAGGAAUUUGCCUUAGACUUUAACACAGCCCCCGACAGUAACAAUGGUCCCUGUGUAAUAUAUGUUGUUGAUGAGCUGGAUUAUGAACAAAAGAAGCAGUAUGAGCUGACCAUACGUGCAACAGACAGUGUAUCUGGAGUUUAUGCAGAAGUACCAGUCAGUAUUCUUGUUCAAGAUGUCAAUGACUGUCCUCCAGAAUUUAGCAGUGACAGUUAUAAUAUUUCUGUCUCUGAAGCUUCACCAUUUGGCACUUCUGUUCUCCGAGUGUCUGCCAGAGACAAUGACACAGGCAUUAACCAGAAGAUUCGAUAUCAGAUUCAGAGCGAUUCCAGCAAUUCAUCAGAAUUUUUUCAUAUUGAUUCAGAUGAUGGAUCUAUCUAUCUGAAGCAGUCAUUAGAUCAUGAGAUUCAUGACAGUCACCACUUUACAAUUAUUGCAAUGGAUGCUGGGGUUCCAAGUCUCUCAAGUACUGCACAUGUUUGGGUUUCUGUUAUCGAUAUGAAUGAUAACCCACCAAAAUUCGAGCAACCAUCAUAUGUAUGCUCUCUCUCUGAACAUGCUCAAAGAGGACAGUUCAUCACUGUUGUUAAAGCAAGUGAUCCUGACUAUGUUGAUCAUGAAAGACUAAGCUACACAAUUGUUGGAGGAAAUGACCAACAGACAUUCUCCAUUGAUUCCGCUACAGGUGUGAUCUCACUGAUAAAUAUGCAGAACUUUGCAGAGAAACAGGAAAGCAUUUUAAAUAUCUCAGUCACAGAUGGAGUCUACACAAGUUUUACCAGAGUACGUAUUAUCAUACUGCCAGCAAACAGACAUAAUCCUGCUUUUCCCAAGAUUCAGUUUGAAGUUACAGUACCAGAGAAUCAACCACGUGGAACACUGGUAACAAAAGUCACAGCCACAGAUAAAGAUUUUGGCAAAUAUGGUGAAGUUGCAUACUCCAUUCCAUCUGAUUUACUGAAAGAAAUUUUUGAAGUCAACAAAAAGACAGGAGAGAUAUUCACUAAAAGGAGUUUGGACAGAGAAGAGCAGAAGCUUUAUGAGCUUCCAGUAAUGGCAACAGAUGGUGGUGGACGGUCAGGGUUUAUCAUUGUUAGAGUGAAAGUUGGAGACUUGAAUGACAAUGCUCCAUCUUUCCUUCUACGAGAAUAUAAGGCCACAAUUCCUGGCAAUCUGACACUCAAAUCACCUUUCCUUAAGGUCAAAGCAGUGGAUAGAGAUGAUGACAUGGCUGCUGAGAUAGAAUAUUCAAUUUAUGAGACACAAGGAUCAGAAACCAAGGAACUCUUCUCCAUUGACAAACAUAAAGGAACUAUCUCUCUUGCAAAGAAUGCUACAUCAUGGGAAAAUGAAGUAUUUCAGUUUUUUGUAAGAGCUCAAGAUCGAGGAAUGCCUUCUUUAUAUGCUGAUGUUCCAGUUGAUGUCUUCAUUAUGGGUUCCCAAGAUGUAGCACCAAUGUUUGAGAGAAAGGAUGACAACUUCUUCCUUCAAGAAAGUUCUCCACCAGGAACAAUAAUAACACGGUUGAAGACUGUCACAAACAUCUCUGUUCACUAUCGCAUAAUUUCUGGUAAUGAAGAUAUUCCCACAUUUUCUGUGGAUGGACAAGGACAGUUGAUGCUGACUCGGCCUCUUGACAGAGAAUCACAUGACGUACACGUCAUAGCAGUUCUUGCAGAAACUGAUUCAAGUCCUCCUUUGACAGCACUAGCUGAAGUUACUUUAAAAGUUCUUGAUGAGAAUGAUCAUAUACCAGAAUUUGAAAGCAACCCAUAUAAGUUAACCUUGGCUGAAAAUGUAGAGGAAGGAACAUCAAUACUCAAAGUUGUUGCACAUGACAAGGACAUUGGGAGUAAUGGAGAAGUGCGGUAUUCAUUUGGUUCUGAUAUUGGUGAUCUCGCAAAUGUAUUUGCUGUUGAUGCAUAUACUGGCUGGAUAACUACUCUUGUGCAGCUGGACAAAGAGAAACAGUCAGAGUAUGUUUUCCAGAUUGUUGCAACAGACAAUGGAACUCCAAAACACUUUACUAGAACUAAUGUUUAUAUUAAACUCCAAGACUACAAUGACAACCCUCCUGUAUUUGGUAGUAGACAUUAUGAGGCUGCUGUGAACGAAGAUGCAUUACCAGGCACCGUUGUAGUGCAGCUUAGUACAGAGGACAAAGAUGCUGAUCUAUCGACACCUGUGGAUUUCUACAUUACCAGCGGUGAUGCACGAUCCCAGUUCCAGAUACGCCAAACGGGUGAAGUUUAUGUUGCAAAGCCUCUUGACAGAGAGACAGUCAGUAGCUAUUUGCUGGAUGUUACAGCAACUGAUGGAAAGUACAUUGCAAAAACAAAAGUCACUGUUGACAUAUUAGAUGCAAAUGAUAAUCCUCCUUACUGCUUGCGGUACCGAUACCAUGAGAUUCUUUCUGAAGGUGUGCAUCCAGGUAGUUAUGUUCUUACAGUGCUAGCCACUGACAUAGAUGAAGAACCAAAUGCAAAUCUGCGAUAUUAUCUGACUGGAGAUGGUUCAGACAAGUUUUCACUUGACAAAGCAGGAGGUCACCUCAAAACUGCCCAACCCUUAGAUCGUGAGGAGCAAUCAAAAUUUCAAUUAACUGCACAUGUACAAGAUCGGGACCAUCCUGACUGGCAGUGUUCUUCUCAGCUGGAAAUAAUUAUAUCUGAUCUCAAUGACAAUCCUCCUGAAUUCUCCAUGGAAUCUUACAGUGCAACUCUACCUGAAGAUGUUGAGGUUGGCUCUCUUGUAACAAAAGUACAUGCAACAGACAGGGACAUAGGUAUAAAUCGGAAAAUAAGGUACUCAUUUGUAGAUUCAGCAGAUGGUCAUUUCAAAAUUGCCUCUGAUAGUGGAAUUGUGACCUUAGCAAAACCUCUAGAUCGUGAAACUAGGGCAAUGUACAACUUGUCUGUAAGAGCCACUGACCAAGGAACACCGCAACUCUCAAAAGUGGCUCUUCUCAAUGUUCAUGUACUUGAUAUUAAUGAUAAUCCUCCUGAAUUUGCAUCCAAGUAUUAUUAUGCUGUUGUUCCUGAAAUUGAUGCAGUUGGAACUGAAAUAGUAAGAGUUUUAGCAACAUCAAAAGACACAGGAGUUAAUGCAGAGAUAACUUACUCUAUUGUUGGUGGAAAUGAACAUAAGAAAUUUGAAAUACAUCCAAAAACAGGAGUUAUAACUAUAGCUGAGCAGCUUGAUUAUGAGAGAGCCAAAGAUUAUUUCUUGACUAUUCAAGCUAUCGAUGGAGGUGUACCACCAUUAAGCAACCAUGCAACUGUUAACAUCUCAGUCUUAGACAGCAAUGACAAUGCUCCAAUCUUCAGUCAAGCAUCUUUCAGUGCAAGAAUCAGAGAGGAUGCUCAGAUUGGUGACAAAAUUUUGCAGGUGACAGCAAGCGAUCUUGACAGUGGUGAUAAUGGAAAGAUAUCAUAUUUCAUUGAGAGAGGUGAUCGACAUAGACAAUUCUUCAUUGAUGAAAAGACAGGGUACAUCUCUGUAGCAGCACCUCUUGAUCGAGAAAUGAUUUCUAGCUACGUUCUGGAAGUUAAUGCAAAAGACAAUGGCCUUCCUGUGAUGACUAGUUACGUAAUGGUGAAUGUUGAAAUAUCUGAUGCCAAUGAUAAUCCACCAGUAUUUUCCCAGCCUAAUUACACAGCUGUUGUGCAGGAGGAUAAACCAUUACAAUAUGCUGUUAUUAAAUUUUUGGUCACUGAUGCUGAUGCUGCUCCAAAUGCUGCACCAUACACGUAUGAUAUACGUUCUGGAAAUGAGGGCAAUAUGUUUGUGUUAGAGCAAGAUGGCGUCCUUCGCACUGCUGGUCGUUUCAAUCAUAAAGUGAAAGACAACUACCUCCUUCAUGUACGUGUGUUUGAUAAUGGAACACCACCUCUUUUCUCAGAUACAUGGGUUACAAUUAAGGUUAUAGAAGAAUCUCAGUACCCUCCAUCAAUCACACCUCUUGAGGUUUUCAUCAACUCCUUUAUGGAUGAGUUUCCAGGAGGUACAAUAGGCCAAAUUCAUGCCUCAGACCAGGACCAAUAUGAUACCUUAUCCUUCAACCUUGUGAAAACGACUUCGAACUCUGGUGUACAGAACCCAACAUCACAGCUUUUUGAAAUAGAACAUAACAAUGGGACACUCGUGGCUCUACCUGGUCUAGAUGUUGGUGAUUACCACAUUAAUGUAUCUGUUACAGAUGGAAAGUUUACAUCAUAUGCUACUGUCAGAGUAUCUGUCGACCUUGUGUCAGAAGAAAUGUUAUCAAACGCAGUAAUUGUAAGAUUCCGUAAUGUUAGCCCUUUGGAGUUUGUUUUGAGUCAUCGGAGAGGUUUUGUUCGUGCAGUGAGGAAUGCACUGAGUGCAAGACUUAAGGAUGUUGUAAUUAUCAGUGUGCAACCAUCUGAUGAAACUGCAUCUAAGAGAAGACGUAUAACUCGUCACACUAACCCAAGUUCUGAUCUGGACGUGCUGUUUGCUGUUCGCAAAUCACAACCAAUGAGUCCUGUUACAGGCUUUCAUUCAUCAAACACUAUUCGCAAAGCAAUAACUGAUCACCUUGAGGAACUAGAAUCUUCAGCAAAUCUUGUUGUGGAAGAAAUAGUAAGAGACAAAUGUGUUGCAAACUUUUGCACAUAUGGAGAGUGUGAAGAUCAAAUUAUAUUGGAUGCAUCCAAUCUUACACCCAUCUCAACAGAUGUUACUAGUUUUGUCUCCCCUCAUCAUCAGCAUAAAGUUCACUGUAAUUGCAAAGAAGGAUAUUCAGGAGACCGUUGUGAAACUAUGAUAAAUGAAUGUGCCAGAGAUCCAUGCCCAAUGUUUAAAGUUUGUAUUCCUGAUGCUUCUCUUCAAGGUUAUUCAUGUCAGUGUCCAGAAGGUUUUGCUGGAACAACUUGUGAGAUUGAUAUAUCUAAAUGUCAUGAUGAAUCUUGCUACAUUCCUCGGAAUCCUGUGUCCUUUGGAGGCAAGAGCUAUGCACAGUACAAAAUUGGAAAAAAUCUUAUAAAGAAAACCUUAGAAGAUCAACUCAGCCUCUCUUUAAGAAUUAGAACGGUUCAACCAACUGGAAAUCUUAUGUAUGCAGCAGGAAAAAUAGACUAUAAUAUACUGGAGGUUGUGAAUGGAGUUGUACAGUACCGAUUUGAUCUUGGUAGUGGAGAAGGGCUAGUGAGAGUCAGCAGUGUGUAUGUGAGUGAUGGUUUAUGGCACGAAGUGAAAUUAGAACGGGAGAAGAAUAGUGCACAGGUCAUUGUGGAUGGAAAGCAUAUAGCGCAUGGCUCAGCACCUGGAGCGAAUGAUAUUCUCAACCUGCAAUCAGAUGACCUGUAUCUUGGUGCAGAAGUUCGCCAUCAUCCUACGAUACUUGGUUAUGAUGAUGUCCAGAGAGGAUUCAUUGGAUGCAUGGAUGAUGUUCGCAUUUCCCAUGUAUCAGUACCUUUACAUAUGAGUGGUGCAAGCAGUGUGGCUAUCCUUAAAAGAUUUGCUAAUGUGGACUUUAGUUGUGAUGCUCUGAAAGUGCUUGCACCUCCUGGUGUUUGUGGCUCACAACCUUGUAUGAAUGGAGGUACGUGCAAGGAUCUCGGUGGUGAUAACUAUGAGUGCCUUUGUUACGAAAAGAGAUUUGCAGGUCAUUCAUGUGAAAUUGACACAGAUCCAUGUGCCUCUUCACCGUGUUUGUAUGGUGGUAGAUGUCGUGCAGCACCAGCAGGCAAUGAUUACCUGUGUGAGUGUCCUCCAAGACUUAGUGGGAAACGCUGUGAAUAUGGGCAUUAUUGCAGCCCUAACCCCUGUCUCAAUGGUGGUGUUUGUGAAGAAGGAAACUCUGGACCCAUAUGCAAGUGCCUUGGUUUUACUGGCGACUUUUGCAAACUAGACAUAGAUGAAUGUGAAACAGCCAUACGUGGACCUUGUCUUAAUGGUGGUACAUGUUACAAUGAACCUGGAACCUACAGGUGUGUGUGUCCUCCAAAUGUCACUGGUAUACACUGUGCCAACCCAGUGUAUGGUUCAUCCAUAUCAUCCAGUAUCUAUAACAUUACGGGUGAAGAACUUGUUGGAAUCAUAGUAGCUGUUGCAAUCCUCAUUCUUCUGGUAAUCUGCUUCAUUAUGUACAGGAGAUUUCGUGUAAAACGAUCUCGAGAAAGAGCAAACAAUAUAAAUAAUGAGACAAGAAAAGACAUCGUGUUAAAUUCUGCCCGACCUAAUGAUAAUGACUUCAAAAGAGGAUCAAAACUCAGCAACCUCGAAGUCAGUCAGGUCCCCCCUCAGUGCCCUCCUAGGCCUGCUUCCUACACUCCAAGCUCCAACAAUGAUCCUACAUCUUACAACCACACUGCUGUUCUGAAUAACCUUGACACAUUGCGUAGUUAUGGGUCAGCUGGGGACGAAUUGGAAAAUGUGCCUCCUGACUACUUACGCAACUUAAAUAGGAGUACUCCCGUCCCUUCCAUCCCCAACCACACUGUCACCACGCUCGACGCAGAGAGCCUCCAUAAACCCUCUUGGGCUGAGAUGACAGACCAGAUGAGUUCUUAUACUGACUCCAAUAAAAUUAAGAAUGACCUGAAACGUUCACUGGGUACAGAUUUUCCACGAGGUCUUAUGCCCACCGGGAGGCCAGGUAGGGGGUCACAGACCGGAGCUUCAUCCAUAAGUUCCAUAGAUGAGGACCCCCGCAUCAUGGGAGGUUACCACUGGGACUGCUCUGACUGGGUUCAUCGCAGUCAGAAUCCACUUCCUAAUAUAACUGAGGUUCCUGGAAGUGAAGUACCUGAUUCUUCUAGUUUCCAUAGCAAUGAAAGUAACGAAUCUAACACCCACCAAGGAAAUUUAAUUCUUCCAACAGUGAAUGGACCAGUGGACCCAGUGAGAGACAUUGAAACACUUAAUGAGGACCAGGAAUCUGAGUAUAUAGGUGACUCAGAAUGUGGCACUGAAUUUGAGGAAAGCCAGUAUCCUGACAGCCCCAGUUUGAAUAUUAACAACAUUUUGGAUAAUUCGAGAGAAGAAUAUUCAUUUAAAAGACCAAACACCUAUUUAUGCCAUCCAAACACAUACCUACCUCGUUAUAACAUCAACAGUGAAACAGAGACUGAACCACUUAAUGGUUGUAAUAAUGCUGAUGACACUGAUGAUGAGGAAGUGGUGCCUUAUGGAUUUCCUACUAGCAAGCGCCGUAAGGGUGAUGACGAGGAUGGAUCAGUGAUAACAGUACUUGGGGAAAGAGCAUCAUUGCUUGGUGGAUUCACCAGCAACAGUGAUAUUUCUACACAUUUGUGUGAGAUUGAAGAUUCUGAGUUUGAAAGUUUGGAUCACAAAAAGAAUAACCAAAAGAAGUCAAUCCCAUCUGGUGUGAUGCAGACAUCUGUGUGACAGAUGAGACCACCACAGUGUGGUGGUUCCAAUGUAAUACUAGAAACUCCCCAUGUGCCAAAACCAGCCUUGUUGUCAUCCUUCUCAAAAGUGCCAUAGCAAAUAUAUUUUUUAAAAGCAAGUGACUUUUUUUAAAUUCUUGCACACACAUCUUCUUUAUAUAAAUAUAUAUAUAUGCAACAGACUUGUGUAACAUAUAUUACAUCAGAAGACACUUAUACUUCAUGGACUGCUGUAAAUGAUAUUGAAGCAAUUAAAGAAUAUAUUUCAGGUUAAUUUAAAAGUGUAUUGUUAGACUGGUGUUACAGAAAUCGUGUAUUUUUAUGGCCGAAGUGACUUCUAGAGUACUUAGUUUUUGGUGUAUUUAUUUAAAAGGAUUUUGAAUGUGGCCUGUUACAUUCUGAUCAGAAUUUAAAGCAUUUUUGUAAAAGAAAGUUUUAUGUUUGAUGGUGGAAAUUACUGUGGUGUUGGAGGCAAUACCACAAGUAACUAAAGAAAAACUUUACAUAAAUAUGCUCUGUGAGCACUUAGUUACUCUGUAAAUCCUGACUACUGUUUGUCCUUUUAACCAGUGACUUUGGUUUGGUGCUAUCAGUAUAUAAUAUACAAUACAGACUUUAAAAAUGAUACAGCAAUAUUUAAUUUGGUGACGACCGUGUUAAAAAUUAUUUUGCCUAAUGCAUAGUAUGAUGACUGUAUCAAUAUAUUGUUUUUGGCAGUUCUGGCCAGAUAUUGUUGCCUUAAAAUAUUGACUAUAAAACUGAAGUGCGAAUACCAGAGAUCAUAACAGUUUAUGAAGACAAUACUUUCAAAGUACAGUAAUAUAAAGUUCAUUUGUAUCAUCAUAUUCAUCAUCAACCAUUUCAUACUUUAUGAACCGAAUUGUACUGAUAACCUUUUUGUAUUUUUGGUACCAUGGCGUAAUGUACAUAUUAAUAGUGAUAUGGACCAACUCAGGAAGAGAAUUUCCUCAGUCAAGAGCAAAUUAAUUUCUCAGGUGCAUGCAUUUUUUCUUCUAUAUAUGAGGGUGAAAUGCAAUUUGUUAAUUUCACUCCAGGUUACAUAUCUUGCACAAUGCUCUUGAGAUAUAACUUUUACAGGGUGUCUGAUCACACUUCCUUAUGAUGAAGAGCACAGCCCAUGUAAAGUUUUGCUAACUCUUGUCAGUAUCUGGCUAAAAAUGUACUAAAUGAACUGUAUUUAAGAAUAAAACAGAGUGCUUUUUACAAACUUGUAUAUACAGAAGUGUGUUUAUAAUAUAUUAUUAUACUAUUUUCAAAUA